AUGGUUGCUUUGGAGCAAAACGAGGUGAUCGCUUUCAUUGAAGCAAAUCCGCAGUUUCUGGAUGAAUAUGUGACUUCAUCUUCUGUCAGUCGAGAGACUUUCCAAAAAUGGACACAAGUGAGGAGAAGAGGAGGAACACAAAGAGGAGACUCGCUCGGGAAAAGUGGAGACCAGCAAGCGACUCCGUGGAUGAGCAACGAUCUCUCGACCCGGCGACGAAUCUUGUUGGAUCACGGUGAUCAGACGGUGCGUUUAAUGUACGAGCUAGCCACAUGUUGUGGCCAAUUGACGGGUAUUGGUGAUCAACUCGAGCUACUCAUUCACAACGAAGAGGGGAUUUUUUUUGUCUACAAAAGUCGAGCCGAUCAACAGUUGAAAUUGAAAAAGGCACGGAAAAGCCCGAUCAAGACGCCCACAUACAGCCAGCAACUAAACGAUUGUGCUGGCAAUUUUUUGGGUGAAAUCCAUUUCUACGCCUCUUUACCAUUAAAAGAUCGGCAAAUGAUCAACGUGGUUUGUUGCUGGGGCACCGCCGCUUUACACCAUGCACAGAUGGCGAAACAUUUCGCUUCCGAGGGAACCCUCUUCGACAAUUUCGCUCGUCAACGAAAACUUUCGUCGUUUCUUCUCGAUGUGGCGAAAUCGAUUUUCCAGGAUAUUGUCAGCAUGGAUGCUGUGAUUUUAAAAGUGAUGAACUACGCGCAGAAACUCGUUUCUGCCGAAAGAGCCUCGCUGUUCUUGGUCGACUCAAAAACAAAGGAGCUCUAUGCCCGCAUUUUCGACGUCGGACAGGGUGAGGCUGAGCACGUGAAAAUCAACAAAGAUGGUCAGAAAGAGAUACGAUUCCCGAUGACUCGUGGCAUUGCCGGUGUGGUUGCCUCGGCGGGAAAGGGGCUGAACAUCGAGGACGCGUACACGGAUCCACGCUUUAAUCAGGAUAUCGACGAGCGCACAGGUUACCGAACGAAAACCAUCCUCUGUAUGCCGAUUUUCAUCCGACAACACGUAAUCGGUGUCGUUCAAAUGGUCAAUAAAACGGAAGGCGUUUUCAAUAAGAAUGAUGAGGAUUCGUUUGAGAUGUUCGCCGUCUACUGUGGCUUAGCGCUGCACCACGCGAAACUCUACGACAAGAUCAGAAGGAGUGAACAAAAACACCGUGUGGCACUCGAGGUGCUCGCCUAUCAUUCAGUCUGCAAUCGGGAUGAGGUGGCAAAGUUGAAGAAAAUUCAUCUCAAAGAAAGGAUUGACGAGUUGGAAACCUACGAUUUCAACGGAAUGCGCUUAUCGGAGUUAGAAAAGCCACUCUACGCAGUCUACAUGUUCAAGAGUCUUUUCCAGGAUUCAAUAUCCUUCGACUACGACGAUGUGGUCCGUUUCGUGUUGACCGUGCGGAAAAACUAUCGUCGAGUCGCUUAUCACAAUUGGGCGCAUGGGUGGUCAGUGGCGCACGCGAUGUACGUCCUAUUGCACUCGAAAAAGGAGAUUUUCACCCCGCAUGAGGCCUUGGCUUUAUUCGUCUCGUGUCUUUGCCACGAUUUGGAUCAUCGCGGCAAGAACAACGCCUACAUGAAAGACAUGGCCACUCCAUUGGCGUCAAUCUAUUCAACAUCUGUCAUGGAACAUCACCAUUUCAAUCAAACGGUCACCAUUCUGCAACAGGAAGGUCACAACAUUCUCCGCUCGCUGAGCUCAGCCGAGUACAAAACGGUGCUCGGGUUGAUCAAACACUGCAUUUUGGCCACCGAUUUGGCGUUAUUCUUCCCGAAUAAAGCCAAGCUCAACGGUCUCAUCGAGAACGGUCAAUUUGACAUUCAAAAUGUCGAACAUCGCCAACUCACGCAAGCGAUUUUGAUGACCGGUUGUGAUUUAAUCGCCUCGGCAAAACCCUGGCAAAUCCAGACCGAAACGGUUAAAGUAAUCUUCGAGGAGUUCUAUGAGCAGGGUGACGCCGAGCGCAUCAACGGCAAAGAGCCGAUCCCGAUGAUGGACCGGACAAAAGCUCACGAGUUGCCACAAAUGCAGGUUGGCUUCAUGCGUGGAAUCUGCAUGCCGUGCUAUGACUUGAUCGCGAAAGUUUUCCCCGAAACCGGCACAUUGAAGCAACGAUGCGAAUAUAACGCGAUGAAAUGGGAAGAGCUAGCCGAUGAGCAACGAAAAAAGGAUCAAGAUAAAAAAUUGGCCCAGCAGAAUAGUCAUUCAACUGAA